UGUUAAAAACUAAAUAUAGUUUCAGACCAAAAUGGUAAAGCCAGACAAGAAAAAUAAAAGAGAAUAUGAAAGAAAGAAAAAAGCCGAGGAACCUAAAAACAACCCUGAGAUUGAAAGAAGAAGAAAACAGACAGAUGAAUCAAGAAUUCGUAAAGACAAACAAGAGAAACCAGGCCAAGCUUCAGAACCUAAACCCACAGGUCGGCUUCCACGCUCUGAGAUAAUAGAUCCUGUAGAUUCACUUCCAGCCAAUUUUACAGGUGUAAGAGAGGAUGGAAAGAAACUAGUUACUGAGGCAAAUCAACGCUUUAUGGCUGCAAGGACGGAUAUAGAAGAAGAGAAUAGAUGGAAACGCAAUAUAUCUAGUAAUUGGACAAGGUAUGAAGUGGAAAGUGAAGAGGACGAAGAAGAGGACGGGUUGACAGGACAGGAUUGGAAUUUUGCCCUAAACUCCGGAAACCGAGCAGAAUCUCAUAUAAGGCUGAAAGGAGAACAGGACUGGGAUACUGCAGGUUCUACGGAGUUAUCAAAAGAGUUCUUUAGCCUUGACUUAACUAGUCUAGAUAGUUUAAUAAAAUGUAUUCCUUUGCAUCAGCAGAUAGGACUGGACCAGGAUUUGUUGGACCAGGAUACACUUGACACUUUCAAGAGAAAAGCGCAGGAAUCUGUAAAACCUGCAGAUUUUGAUCCAAUUCUUAGGAUUCUUAAAGAACCGAAGUCCCCAGGUAAUCCUGUGCCUAAUCCUACUAAAUCAGUUAAUACUGAUAUAAAAACCAGUUCUACUCCACGUUUAGAUAUAAAAACAGGUUCUACUUUUCCUGUUGACAUCAAAACCGGUUCUGCUACUCCUGUUGAUACGAAAACUGGUUCUACUCCAUCUCCUCUAGUUCACAACCAGACCGAGGAGUCCAGCCCAGAUAAAAAGGUUGCAGCAACUGUGAUAUCUGAACCUCUCGAGCAGAGAAGGAAACGGGAGAAGAAACCUUUGAAACCUGCUGUCCCGGAUCCUGAUCAAGAUAAAGCAGAUCUUGACUUCUUAGAAUCUCUGGAUAAACCUUCAACACUUGAACCUGGAGCUGGCGAGAUGAACCCCAACCCAGCUCCUGGUAUUGUUCCUGUCAGUAUACUAAAGGAGGAGGAGAACAAAGGUCUAGAGGACUGGUUGGACGAUUUUCUCGGAGAUUAGAAGACUAGAUAAAAAGAUUGAUUUGAUAAUAAUAAAUCGCUAAGUAAUAUUU